CCCGCGGCUCCAAUGGCGCUCGCGGGCCCCUCCCACCUCCUCUCCUCGUCCUCGUCCUGCCUCCGCCGCCUCAACCCGCUCCUCUUCUCCGCGCACCGCCGCCCGGCCUGGACCCCGCGCCGCGCCGUCCGCAGGUUCUGCGCAGCGGUUGCCGAGAGGGACGUGUUCACCUCUCCGGAGGUCGCCAAGUCGUUCGACUUCACCAGCGAGGAGCGGAUUUAUAGCUGGUGGGAAUCUCAAGGAUUUUUUAAGCCUAACUUCGAUCGUGGAGGAGAUCCAUUUGUCAUUCCUAUGCCACCUGCAAAUGUUACUGGAUCACUGCAUAUGGGUCAUGCUAUGUUUGUUACCCUUGAGGAUAUAAUGAUAAGGUAUUUCCGUAUGAAAGGGAGGCCUGCACUCUGGAUACCUGGUACUGACCAUGCUGGGAUAGCAACUCAGUUAGUUGUGGAAAAGAUGUUAGCUGCCAAAGGCAUCAAAAGAACAGAUCUUACACGGGAGGAGUUUACUGAAAGAGUUUGGGAGUGGAAAGAAAAGUAUGGGAGUACUAUCACUAAUCAGAUUAAGCGAUUGGGUGCAUCUUGUGACUGGACUCGUGAAUGCUUCACUCUAGAUGAUCACUUAAGUCGUGCAGUUGUUGAAGCAUUCGUUAGGCUUCAUGAAAAAGGACUCAUAUAUCAAGGAUCAUAUUUGGUCAAUUGGUCUCCUAACCUGCAGACUGCAGUAUCUGACCUAGAAGUUGAAUACUCUGAAGAACCUGGCUAUUUGUACUUUAUGAAGUACCGCGUCGCUGGUGGAUCAAGGGAUGAUUUUAUGACUAUUGCGACAACACGACCCGAGACCCUAUUUGGUGAUGUUGCAAUUGCAGUUAACCCAGAGGAUGAGCGUUAUGCAAAAUAUGUGGGAAGAUUGGCUAUUGUACCCUUGACAUUUGGGAGACAUGUUCCUAUUAUAGCUGAUCGGUACGUUGAUCCAGAAUUUGGAACAGGAGUGCUGAAGAUUAGUCCUGGACAUGAUCAGAAUGAUUAUCAUAUUGCCCGAAAGCUUGGGCUGCCAAUUCUUAAUGUUAUGAACAAAGAUGGCACACUAAAUGAUGUUGCUGGAUUAUACAGUGGUAUGGAUCGCUUCGAGGCACGAGAGAAGCUGUGGUCCGAACUUGUUGAGACUAAAUUGGCAGUGAAGAAGGAACCCUAUACACUUAGAGUUCCCAGAUCUCAACGGGGUGGUGAAGUGAUUGAGCCUUUAAUUAGUAAACAAUGGUUUGUCACAAUGGAGCCAUUGGCUGAAAGAGCCCUCCAGGCUGUUGAAAAGGGACAACUAAUUAUUCUUCCAGAGAGAUUUGAAAAGAUAUAUAAUAAUUGGUUAACAAAUAUAAAAGACUGGUGUAUAAGUAGACAAUUGUGGUGGGGCCAUCGGAUACCAGUCUGGUACAUCGUUGGAAAGAAAUGUGAAGAAGACUAUAUUGUUGCCAAAAAUGAAGAGGAAGCACUUGCAAAAGCUCAGGAAAAAUAUGGAAAAUCAGUUGAAAUAUAUCAGGACCCUGAUGUUCUCGAUACUUGGUUCUCAAGUGCUUUAUGGCCUUUCAGCACACUUGGUUGGCCAGAUACGUCCAAGGAGGAUUUUAAGAACUUUUAUCCCGCAACAGUUCUAGAGACCGGCCAUGACAUUUUGUUCUUCUGGGUUGCACGGAUGGUCAUGAUGGGAAUUGAGUUUACAGGAACUGUUCCAUUCUCUUAUGUCUAUCUACAUGGUCUUAUCCGGGACUCUGAGGGACGAAAAAUGUCAAAGUCACUGGGCAAUGUCAUAGACCCCCUAGAUACCAUGAAAGAGUAUGGGACAGAUGCAUUGAGAUUUACACUUUGCAUGGGCACUGCUGGCCAGGACAUUAAUCUCUCGACAGAAAGGUUGACAUCAAAUAAGGCUUUCACCAACAAACUCUGGAAUGCAGGCAAAUUUUUGUUGCAGAAUUUGCCUGAUAGAAGUGAUGCCACUGCAUGGGAUCUCUUAUUAGCAAACAAGUUUGACACAGAAGCAUCGCUUCAGCAACUACCAUUGCCAGAAUGCUGGGUGGUUACGGGACUACACGAACUUAUCGAUAAAGUCAGCAUAAGUUAUGACAAGUUUUACUUUGGAGAUGCAGCUAGAGAAAUCUAUGAUUUCUUUUGGGGCCAUUUUGCUGAUUGGUACAUUGAAUCUAGUAAGACUCGUCUCUACCACUCUGGUGACAGUUCAGCUACUACUACGACACAAAGUGUUCUCUUGUAUGUGUUUGAAAACAUACUUAAGCUACUGCAUCCAUUCAUGCCCUUUGUCACUGAAGAAUUAUGGCAGGCAUUGCCGUACAGAAAGCAUGCACUUAUAGUUGCUCCCUGGCCUAGCACUGACCUUCCAAAGAGUUCAUUGUCUAUCAAAAGAUUUCAGAACUUGCAAUCCUUGAUAAGAGGAAUCAGAAAUGUCCGAGCAGAGUAUUCUGUGGAGCCAGCUAAACGGAUAUCAGCUUCUGUUGUUGCCUCUGCCGAUGUCCUGGAGUACAUAUCGAAAGAGAGGCAGGUUCUUGCUUUACUUUCGAAGCUUGACGCAAAGAAUGUACAUUUUACUGAAUCGCUACCAAGUGAUGCAAACCAGUCUGUCCACAUUGUUGCUGAUGAGGGUUUGGAGGCGUACCUACCUUUGGCUGACAUGGUUGAUGUGUCUGAGGAAGUUAAGCGGCUCUCCAAGCGCCUAUCUAAGAUGCAGAUAGAAUAUGACGCUCUUUUGGCCCGGCUCAGUUCCCCCAGUUUUGUAGAGAAGGCGCCGGAAGAUAUAGUUCGUGGAGUUCGUGAAAAAGCAUCGGAGGCAGAGGAGAGGAUCUCCCUGACUAAGAACCGGCUUUCCUUCCUGCAGUCAACAGUUUCCACGUAGAUGUACUAUUCAUCAUCGAUGGUGGGAUCUGCCAUUGUGAAGCCAAUUUUGAUUUAUACUGGCUCGGCACCACAGAUGUUCAAACACUAGUCUGUGAAGCAAACUUCCCUCUGAAAUGGUCAGCCCGAAGCAGCAGAGCAGAGCCGUAGAUGGGUUAUACUUCACAAAAACAUUCUAAAUUCAUUUUGAUGUAUACGGCUUAAUAGGAUUGUUUAUUUUGCCGCCUCUAUAAUUUUCUUGUAGUAUAAUGAUUUAUAUUGAAAACACUUGCAGUUGUAAGAUUGUCUUGUGAAUUUGUCUGGUCAGUCAACACCAUCCAUUCGGAAUAUAUUGAAACAAAAUAUGGCAUGAUUA